UGCAGCAGCGCCGUUACUGACGAGCUUUGACAACUUUGACACGAUAUUCUUGUUUUGUUUGGCACAUUUUGGCCGCAAGUUAUGCGUAAAAAGGCGCAGCGCUGGUUGUGACGCAUGGUCACCGCUUUGGAUCUAUUCAAAAGUCCUUCCAGCAGGUGAACAUCCACACUGGAAAUAUAUUCAUCUUUUUUUUCUUUUUUUUUUCUUUUUUAAAAGAGGAUUUAAAACAGGAUGAAUAUUUUGUGGGUGUGGAUGUUGUGCAUCGUUGAUUUGUCAGAUGCUGUGAUCGACUUAACCAUGAUAUCGACAGCAGAGGUCACCAAAGUAAAUCACUUUUCCAUCUCAUGUAUCAACGGAGACCGCACGCCUGCCCAUGUGGAACUGGACAUUAAGAGAGACAACAAAAUCCUCAUAUUCCCAAAGAUGCCAAAUUUCAAACUACAUAAACCCAGGAACAAGAAAGUGGUGGCCAGAGACUUCAAAGACCUGGAUAACAUCGGUAUAUUUUACUGCGAAUCCACUCAGGAGGUUCCUCCGCUUGAGACGGUCACAAUGAUUAACAACUUUGGCAGAGCAAACUUUGUCCCGAAUCACCUGACUCUGACUGCCAAUAAAGGGGAAACGGUUCACCUCAGCAUGCAGCUCCUCAGCUCCCAAAAGAGGGACGUGACCUGGAAGUACAACGGAAAUUACUAUUACAUGACUCACUGGAACGACAUGGUCAACCGCACUGCUGUUCUGACCGUGGAGAACGCAGCUUUUGCCAAUGAAGGCAUCUACAGUGCCAGCUACGUGGGGGACAGUCCUCUGCAGGGGGCCUGGAUGAGACUCAUUGUCAGAGAUUGUCCCAGUAAGAAAUGGGGUCCUUACUGUGACAAAGACUGCCCGGAGUGUCUCAACGGUGGAGUUUGUCAUGAUGUGGACGGAGAUUGUAUCUGCCCUCCUGGAUUUAUGGGAACACGCUGUGAGACCGCCUGCAGAGAAGGAAUGUUUGGUCGAAACUGCCAAGAGUCGUGCAGCACAGAGCUAAACUGCAAGGGCCUUCGCUUGUGCCUACCUGACCCUUACGGCUGCUCCUGCGCUAGUGGCUGGUUUGGGAGCCGUUGUGAGAAGGCCUGUCAUAAUGACAUGUAUGGACCAGACUGCAGGCUGAGCUGUCGAUGUCAGAAUGGAGGAGUCUGCAAUCGCUUUAGUGGAUGUCAGUGUCCCACAGGAUGGAGGGGACAGAACUGUGAGAAAUCUGACCGAGCUCCAGAGAUCUUGGACUUGGACAGCAAUUUAGAGUGGAAUCUUAACUCAAGCCCAAAGAUAUUUUGUUCAGCCACAGGCAAUCCUCUGCCCAGCCAUGACAGCAUUGAGCUGCGGAAGUUGGACAGCACUGUGCUCAAGGCCUCACACACUGUCAUGGACUCCAAUAAAAGUAUAGCCAUGUUUGAGAUCCCUCGUCUGAGUGCCCAACAAGGAGGACUUUGGGAGUGCAGGGUGUCGACCAACGGAGGCCAGGACUCGCGUAAAUUCAAUCUCACCAUUAAAGAACCACCUGUGCCAACCACUGCUCCCAUACUGAUGGAGAAGAGGAGUAAGCAGCUACUUGUGAUGCCUAUGGACCGCCACAGAGGAGACGGGCCCAUUGUCUCCACCAGGCUCCUCUACAAGCCCGUUGUGAAUGUCGAUUCUUGGUCCUCCAUCAUCGUCUACAGUGACAAAGAGCCUAUCACACUGAUGAACCUGGAGCCUUCAACACGGUACCAUGUACGAGUCCAGCUGACUCGCCCUGGUGAGGGAGGAGAAGGGGCCCCUGGGCCAGAGGCCAUAAUGGAAACCGACUGUCCUGAGCCCACAUUUCGACCCGAGAUUGACAUCAGCUUGGUGGAAGGUCGCAACGUCACCGUGCGAUGGCGACUUCCCAGCAACAGCGACAUUAAUGCCGUCACAGCCAGUGGCUUUUUAGUGCAGCUCUUCGGGCCACCGCCGCACAGUGAGAAACUACUGGAGGCCACCACCAUGUUAAAUGUUCUGUCCAAAAAGUUCCACAACUUGGAGUACCAGCAAGACUACACGGUGGUGGUGCGCCUCAUCAACUGCGGCAGCCAGGGGCCACCCUCAAAGCCCUACCACGUCCGCAUCAACAGCCAGGGCCCAUCACCCCCGCGCAAUGUCCAUACUCUGCCCCUGUCCGUGUCGGCCAUCCAAGUGAAGUGGCAGCCCCCCGAGGAUGUGAACGGAGGCGUCAUGAAAUAUGUAAUUGAGUACCAGCCAGUCGGCCAGGGGAGCCCGCACCUUUGGGUGGACACAGACGAUGGAAACAAGACCGCCAAAGAUGUGACGGCACUCAACAGCAGCACACUCUACCAGUUCAGAGUGAGGGCUUUCUCCAAAGUACCAGGAGAGUGGAGCAAGUUUGUUCAAGAGAUGACAUCAGGCGAUGGCUCGGAGAGUUUAACCCCGACCACCCAGGGUGUGGCUCGGAGGCCUGCCGGGGACAACUAUCAGCUGCUGGUGGCCGUGGUUGGAUCCGUGACCGUCACCUGUGUGACCAUUCUGCUGGCACUGCUCGCUUUCUUUUUCAUCCGCAAAACCGUACUGAGUCGACGACGCACAUUCACCUACCAGUCUGGAUCGGGUGAGGAGACAAUUCUGCAGUUUAACUCUGGAACUCUGACCCUGACCCGAAGGCCUAAGCCCACCCCAGAGCCCCUUACCUAUCCAAUCCUGGAAUGGGAAGAUAUUAAAUUUGAGGAUGUCAUCGGAGAGGGCAACUUUGGACAGGUGAUCAAAGCCAUGAUCAAGAAGGAUGGAAACAAGAUGAGCGCGGCCAUAAAAAUGCUGAAAGAGUUUGCCUCAGAGAACGACCACCGGGACUUUGCAGGGGAACUGGAGGUGUUGUGUAAACUAGGCCAGCAUCCCAACAUCAUCAACCUAAUUGGUGCCUGUGAGAACAGAGGUUACCUGUACAUAGCCAUAGAGUACGCUCCCUACGGCAACCUUCUGGAUUUCUUGCGAAAGAGUCGUGUCUUAGAGACAGAUCCUGCAUUCGCCAAGGAACACGGCACGGCCUCAACGCUCACCUCCCAACAGUUACUGCAGUUUGCCGUGGAUGUGGCGACUGGGAUGCAUUACCUCAGUGACAAACAGUUUAUUCACAGAGAUUUGGCUGCCAGGAACGUUCUUGUCGGCGACAAUCUCGUGGCGAAGAUAGCAGACUUCGGUCUAUCUCGUGGUGAGGAGGUUUAUGUUAAGAAGACAAUGGGUAGGUUGCCUGUUCGCUGGAUGGCCAUUGAGUCUCUGAACUACAGCGUGUAUACAACCAAGAGUGAUGUGUGGUCUUUUGGAAUCCUCCUUUGGGAAAUCGUAAGCUUAGGUGGCACACCAUACUGCGGGAUGACGUGUGCAGAGCUUUAUGAAAAAUUGCCACAAGGCUACAGGAUGGAGAAGCCCAAAAACUGUGAUGAUGAAGUUUACGAGCUCAUGAGACAGUGCUGGAGGGAUCGACCCUACGAAAGACCCCCUUUCUCCCAAAUCUCAGUGCAGCUCAAUAGGAUGCAGGAGGCCAGGAAGGCCUAUGUGAACAUGGCCCUCUUUGAGAACUUCACCUACGCUGGAAUCGAUGCUACUGCGGAGGAGGCCUGACUACCAGCCCCCCCAGGCCCUGGCAUGCCACGUAACCUCAAGAAGAAGCCCAAAAGGUCGUCCCCACGUUACUGCCACCUGCCCGCUGCUCACCGCAGAGACAGGAGGCCCAGACGCUCUCUCAAUACCACUCAGUUAUAGACGGAGGACUGUGAAAGGACACUAUGUGGAUGCACCUGUGGGUUGGAGGCGAUCACUACCGAGAGUCACAUCAUUGAACCUCUUUUCGUUGCAGAGGUCACACUUUUGAGAGUCAAAGAGAAAGUGGCACAUCUGGAAUAUUAUGGCAUGCUGAAACACCACAGGGUCUGAGGGGUGUUGGACUUCAUUCUCUCUGUAAUCCAAAUGGAGGAGUGUGUUUUAUUGUUGUUUUUAUCUUUGAAUGGACUUAGAGUGAAUCACAAACAUUUAGGUCCCCAGACAGGUGGAAACUCAUGAAAAUGUAGCACUUAUCACCGUCUGUAUUAUCACUGCCAUGUGAACUACUGUAUAUAGUUUUUUUUAAGACCUACUAUAUCCUGAAUGUAAUUUGCCUAAUAGUACAGAAGCACUAAUGGUGAUAUGUAAAAAUGUGAGAAUUUUUUCCUUUUGGUUUUGGACUUCUUUUUUUUUACCACACUGAAAAAAAACUGUGAUAAUACAAACCCCGUUUCCAUAUGAGUUGGGAAAUUGUGUUAAAUGUAAAUAUAAAUGGAAUACAAUGAUUUGCAAAUCAUUUUCAACCCAUACAUAUUUGAUGUUCAAACUGAUAAACUUUUUUUUUUUGCAAAUAAUCAUUAACUUUUGAAUUUUAUGCCAGCAACACGUGACAAAGAAGUUGGGAAAGGUGGCAAUAAAUACUGAUAAAGUUGAGGAAUGCUCAUCAAACACUUAUUUGGAACAUCCCACAGGUGUGCAGGCUAAUUGGGAACAGGUGGGUGCCAUGAUUGGGUAUAAAAGUAGAUUCCAUGAAAUGCUCAGUCAUUCACAAACAAGGAUGGGGCGAGGGUCACCACUUUGUCAACAAAUGCGUGAGCAAAUUGUUGAACAGUUUAAGAAAAACCUUUCUCAAUCAGCUAUUGCAAGGAAUUUAGAGAUUUCACCAUCUACGCUCCGUAAUAUCAUCAAAGGGUUCAGAGAAUCUGGAGAAAUCACUGAACGUAAGCAGCUAAGCCCGUGACCUUCGAUCCCUCAGGCUGUACUGCAUCAACAAGCGACAUCACUGUGUAAAGGAUAUCACCACAUGGGCUCAGGAACACUUCAGAAACCCACUGUCAGUAACUACAGUUGGUCGCUACAUCUGUAAGUGCAAGUUAAAACUCUCCUAUGCAAGGCGAAAACCGUUUAUCAACAACAUCCAGAAACUGGAUCGAGCGCAUCUAAGAUGGACUGAUUCAAAGUGGAAAAGUGUUCUGUGGUCUGACGAGUCCACAUUUCAAAUUGUUUUUGGAAACUGUGGACGUCGUGUCCUCCAGACCAAAGAGGAAAAGAACCAUCCGGAUUGUUAUAGACGCAAAGUUGAAAAGCCAGCAUGUGUGAUGGUAUGGGGGUGUAUUAGUGCCCAAGACAUGGGUAACUUACACAUCUGUGAAGGCGCCAUUAAUGCUGAAAGGUACAUACAGGUUUUGGAGCAACAUAUGUUGCCAUCCAAGCAACGUUACCAUGGACGCCCCUGAUUAUUUCAGCAAGACAAUGCCAAGCCACGUGUUACAUCAACGUGGCUUCAUAGUAAAAGAGUGCGGGUACUAGACUGGCCUGCCAGUAGUCCAGGCCUGUCUCCCAUUGAAAAUGUGUGGCGCAUUAUGAAGUCUAAAAUACCACAACGGAGACCCCCGGACUGUUGAACAACUUAAGCUGUACAUCAAGCAAGAAUGGGAAAGAAUUCCACCUGAGAAGCUUAAAAAAUGUGUCUCCUCAGUUCCCAAAUGUUUACUGAGUGUUGUUAAAAGGAAAGGCCAUGUAACACAGUGGUGAACAUGCCCUUUCCCAACUACUUUGGCAUGUGUUGCAGCCAUGAAAUUCUAAGUUAAUUAUUAUUUGCAAAAAAAAAAAUAAAGUUUAUGGGUUUGAACAUCAAAUAUGUUGUCUUUGUAGUGCAUUCAAUUGAAUAUGGGUUGAAAAUGAUUUACAAAUCAUUGUAUUCCGUUUAUAUUUACAUCUAACACAAUUUCUCAAUUCAUAUGGAAACGGGGUUUGUAGAAUAAGAAACAUUGGCUUUCGAAAAUGCUGGGAACGAGUAAAGUGGUGCAUUGUGCUUCUUAGCAAGUCAGCCUCACAGCCAGGAGAGCCUGGGUUUUCUCUGAACACUUUUGCUUUCUUUUAGAUCCUGAAAAUGAGACUCAAAAUUGUCCGUUCUGAGUUGUUUCCUUUUUAUGUGUACUUUGUGAUUAACUGGCAAGCAUUAGUGCAGGGUGUUUUGCUGUCUUUUGCCAGCUGGGAUAGGCAACACCUUGCCUGCAACCCUAUUAAGGAGUAGCAGUACAGAAAACGUUGGCAAGUUAAAAUAUCUUGCUUAUCUCAGAUUUGACUACAUAUUACCUAAAAUAAGCAAACUGGUCUAAAAAUAUAUACAUACACAGUUUGGGCCUGAUCUACUAAAGGUUUGCAUAUAUUUCAACACAUGCAAACUUGAUCUAUUAAGCUGAUCUACUAAGCUUGUGUCUCUUAAAUGAGCAAACGAGAGCUCAAGCCAGCGUUUGUUGUUCAUGUAUAUGCAAAAUAUAUGCUGAUUAUUAGAACACCCGCACCAUGAUGAGAUGCAAAUGUAAUCACUUAGUGCUUGCAAUGUGAUUUAUUAAAACUGUUUUGUGACCGCU